CUGUGUCAGUGGAACGAGUGACGUGUGUGUCAAAUUCUAACCACAGAACUGAUCACCGAUUGCAGUCUGACUCCAGCGAACGCAACAUGACAAAAUGGAUGAAAUAACAAAGCAGGGAGCUCUGUACAUUCAGCAGCAACAGACCUUUGGAAAGAAAUGGCGGAAGAUCUGGGCCUCUCUGUACGGGGAGACCGCUCGCUCGGCUGCCCGGCUGGAGUGCUUUGACUUUAAGGAGGGUCCGGUGGGGGGAGAAAAGGCAGGGUCCCGCCGGGCAGAGAGCAAGAAGGUGAUCAGGCUGAGCGACUGCAUCCGAAUUGGAGAGGCCCCGGCAGAGAGCUGCUGCCUCCCAGACUGUCGGGCGUUCAUCCUGGAGACCACAGACAGGGUCAUCAUGUUUGCGGCUCACAACGCAGAGUUCCAGGCCUGGAACCAGAGUCUGUGUGAAGCCACCUUCCCGAUGAGCCGGAAUGACUGGACGAUGCAGAGUAAAAGUGAAAGCAGGCAGCAGUCGCUCAGGAAGAAAUCAGGCGUCCUGAUGGAGGACAAUGAGCUGUACGCCAGCCGGGAGGGAGUGAAGGAAUUCCGGGUGACAAUACACAAAACGGUAGCGGCUGAGAGAUGUCAACUGUGGGGAACAUUCAACCUGAACGCGGAGAAGGAGGGCUUGGAGCUACGAGAUGUGAAAUCAGGGGAGAUUCUCUACACCUGGCCUUACAGGUUCCUCAGGAGGUUUGGCCGGGACAAGGUGACAUUUUCCUUCGAGGCGGGGAGGCGCUGUGUGUCUGGGGAGGGCAGUUUCGAGUUCGACACCAGACAUGGCAACGCCAUCUUCCAGGUCAUCGAAUCCGCCAUCAAAGUCCAGAAGCAGCUCUCCAGCGAGGAGGUUGGGCGUCCCAACAGCUUGGAGAACGAGACCCUUUGCACGUCCCGGGGGUUGGCCUGCGGGGGUCCCGAGGUCGAGCACAGCGACCUCCCAGGCGAGGAACAAGGUCAAAAGUCAACUAGGGUCAAAGGUGAAGGGUGUUCGGCCACCUUGCCCCCACUCAGAGGGCUGUCGCUUGACACAACGUCUGAGCCUCGUAACGUGCCCCGUAAGCACCCCCCAACUGCCUCAGCCACCCUCAAACCCCAAUCGGUGGGACCCAGGCUUGGUCUGCCGCAGCCCCCCAAGGCAGAAUCCACCUACAGCCAGGUGCGGGCUCCCAGCAACAAAAACCCUCAACCCCAGGCGAGUGAGGCCAACUCGGAAUACGCUGUGCCCUUUGAUGCCAUUGCUCGCUCGCUCAUCCUGACCAACAAGGGCUGCUUCACCCUACGGGGGGCCAUGGGCGACGGCUCGGAGACAAUGUCCUUCAGCACCUUCCUGCCUCAGAGCUCGCCCACCGGCCCCGCCCCGUCCGAUCCCCUCUACGAUAGCAUCGAUGAGUCGCUUCUCCAUCCCCGCCCCAAAGCCCGGCCGACCAAGGACCCCAUUUACGACGAGCCGGAAGGGGUGGCCGACUCGUGCCUGUACGACAUGCCUGAGGAGAUGAAAGGCCACGCCUGGAAGCUGCAGGGCUUAGCGGGUGACCCCGGGGGUCACGAAGUGCCCUAUAACCCCCAAACCGAUGACUACGCGGUGCCCAAGGAGGCUGGAGCCAAGCACGGACCCUCCAAGCAAGGAUCCAGGGAGAGACUUCGAGACAACGCCAGUUCCCAGUGCGAGUACGACAAUAUAAUGUUCAAAUUUCAGGACAAGAAGGGAAAUCAGUUAGUGUAAUAAUAAUAAUUAAUAAUAAUCCUGGCAUUCGAUACAGUGC